AUAUAGAACCGCAAAGUAGGCGGCUAAAGAAACGAAAAGCAUAUAUCUGGCAACUCAGUUAAUAGGGAAGGCUCAGUCUUGUACAUGCAUUAAUAUUUAGUUUUGGUGUUUGAAAUAGUUAGAGGAUUAAUUUGACAAACUGCGCCAUGAAACCAUUCCUGGUUGCAGUGUUUCUUCGUACCUUUGUGACCUGUUGGUAUACUGAUGCAGCAACGUGCUUGAAAGGAUUGAAAUAUUGCGGACGGACUGCUCGCGAUGAACGAGGUUACAAAAUGGGAGUUGCUGAUCUGAACAGCUUAUAUCUGUGCGUUGAUGGUCAGCUUUUGAAGCGCGUAGUCACAUGCACCGGAAAUUGCUUGAACGGCGGCAGCGGAAAAGGUGGUUAUUGUUUUGAUUAUAAUUAUUUGCAACCUUAAAUUUUGCAUACUGGACAGUGAACACUGCUAUCGAACUCAUGCUUAAAACACCUCCUUUAUUCACUUUACAGCAAUACAACGUUUAAUUUGUGAUUUUCGUUUCUAAUUUUACACAUGCUACGUUAUUCAGGCGUUAAUAAGAAUAAUACAGAUAAACUAAGACGUAGAAAUUAACACUCUUUUGCAAGAAUAAUCGGAAGACGAAAGGGCGCCGCGGUCAGGUAAAAAGCGGUUAUUUCACUAAGAAUUAAUCAAGUUAAAUAAUUAUUAUGAUAACUACAAUCUGUACUGUAAAUAAAUUAAAUGUAUAAAGAAACUCAACCCUAAAUACUCGUACCGUAAAAAUUUAAAAAAGCAACCAUCUCCCUGUACAGUGUACUCCCUUUAUAUUUAUGCACGAAAGAAACAUUGCAAGUAACCUGAACCUCUUAUGAUAGCGUAUUUGAGAAACGCCAAUGUACGAAAGAUAAGAAGUUCCAGGUCGCUGCGCGCUGGUUGGCAGCAAACAUAAAUCACUGCUACUAAAAUGAUUGCACUGCAUAAAAGUACGAGUACUUGCUACUCUAGUAUUCUGCAGGUACUUCAUUCAGCACCAGUGAACGCGUUAUGUUAUGCUGAUAGCAGCGCGCCAACACGAAUUAAUCCGAAGCUACUUCAACUACUGAAUUUGCAAUGGCCCGUAUUUCCGCUGCCCUGGGUCACCUGUUUGUAUUGACAACGUACAAAUUUACCCACGCCACACCCCCAAAUAUUGUUCUCAUUGUGGCGGACGACCUGGGUUGGAACGACGUCAGCUAUCAUGGAUACACGCAAAUUCCCACCCCGCACAUCGACCACCUAGCAGCAACCGGGAUGAUCCUCCACAGUCAUUAUUCGCAGGCCUCUUGUAGUCCCUCCAGAACGGCCCUUUUGACCGGAAAAUAUCCCAUGCGAUUUGGUUUGCAAAGCGGCAAUCUGGCUGUUGGUGAACGACGCGGAAUACCGUUAACGGAAAAGCUGAUGCCUCAGUAUUUCAAGGAACUCGGAUAUUCAACGCACAUGAUUGGAAAGUGGCACGUUGGUUACGCAGCGCCCGAGAUGACACCGACUUUUCGAGGAUUCGACUCGUUCUUCGGAUACUAUUCCGGAUUUAUCGAUUACUUUACGCACAGGGCGUACACGUCGAACAACAAAUUCGGCAACGGCUUUGAUUUAUGGGACAAUCUCACCGAGGCAAGGAACUACGCUGGCCAGUAUUUAACAGACAUUUUUACGGAGAAAACCGUACAGCGCAUUAUGGAACAUGACUUUAAUACGCAGCCCCUGUUUCUGUAUAUCGCCCACAUGGCCCCGCAUUGGGCAACCGAAAAAGACCCUGUACAAAGUCCGGAAGCGUAUACCAACCGCUUUCCACAUAUUACUCAUGAAGGCCGUAAGAAAUACGCUGGAACAAUUGCCGCUUUGGAUGAUUCCGUAGGCAAAAUCCUGACGGCCUUACAGAACCGCAAGGUAGACGACAACACCAUCGUUAUAUUCGUGUCUGACAACGGUGGGUGCGGCCCAGAAGGUGUACUACACAACAGUCCCGCUGUCACAUACGGAAGUAAUUGGCCGCUACGUGGUGCAAAGAGUACAUGGUUCGAAGGCGGUGUCCGCACCGUUGGCAUCGUGUGGAGCCGGUUGCUGCAGCAUCCGGGAACGGUGUGGAAUGGACUGAUGCAUCUGACGGAUUGGUUGCCGACACUGAUGACGGCCGUUGGCGGGAUGCCGGUACGGAAUGUGGACGGUGUGGAUCAAUGGAAAGCACUGGUGGAUGAUGCACCGUCGAUGCGAACCGAAUUGCUGGUUCAGGCAGAUGCGCUCCGGGAUGAGUACGCGAUACGAUGGUAUCAGUAUAAACUGAUUUUGAAGGAACGAGCUGCUGCACAAAACGGAGCAUAUGAGUGGUUCGAGCCGGAGGAUGGCCUGAAUACGUCAUAUAUUAACGCUGAUUUACCGGCAGUGGUCAGGUGCGAUCCACCGGAACCGUCCAACAUUGACUGCAAUCGGCACACUGCUCCAUGUUUAUUUGAUUUGGAGAGAGAUCCAUGUGAGCGCAACAAUAUAGCAAAACAUUACCCUGAUGUGGUUAAGUUAAUGCUGGAUAAGCUGCAUAAGUACAACGCAACGGGUGUACAUCCGCUACCGCCACCGCAAGAUCCGUUGGGUCUCCCUGCGCUACUGGGUGACGUGAUUCGACCGUGGCUGACAGUAAGCGAUUUGAAUGGCGCACCAAACGGAUUGAUUUCAACACCAAAACCCGCCCAUAUGAUCCUGCGCUUUGCUUAGUACAGAUACCACUAAUACGUAAAGGGUGAAACGGUUAAAAUUGCUCAAUAAAACUGA